UUAUGAUUAAUUGUGAUUGUUCUUUCGCUUAAGGUGUCUCUUAAAACUUUUUAUGUCGUGCGAUCGCUUGCGAUUAAUAUAUAAAAUAUAGUUAAAUUGAGCACAGAUUCAAUGGAAAGUAUCAGCACCACAGGUCGGCGACGGAACAACAUGCGAAUCAAUGCCGAAGACAAUGCGCUGGAUCAAAUUACGAAAGAGGCGGAAGCGCGACUUGCUGCGCGUCGACAGGCGCGCGCCGAAGCCCGCGAGAUUCGCAUGAGGGAGCUGGAGCGGCAGCAGAAAGAGCAGGAGAUCACCGCCGACCGGGUCUUCGACAUGCAAAACUCCACGGCAGUGGGCAGCGAAACUCUGUCGGCGCAUCCCGUGCGCCUCGCCUACGGCGGACUGUUAAACGUGACCCGUGCAUCAGCAUCCCGCCGCAGCAGUGAGGACUCCGUGGAGGAGGAGGGCAGAAGUUUUCGCGACUUCAAGCACGAGCUUAAGGAUGUUGAGGAGCGGUUUCGCAAAGCCAUGAUAACGAACGCCCAGUUGGACAACGAUCGCGCCUCGCAGGCCUACGAAGUCAAGCUACUGAAGGACAAAUGCGAAAUAAUGGAAGAGUCGUAUGCACAACUACAGCGCGAGUUCAAGGAGAAGAUGCGUGACUGCAAUGCCCUCAAACGCAACCUGGAUCGCGCCAAUCUCGAGCUUAAGCUAGUACAAGGGCAGUUAAACGAGCGCGACUCGUUGAUCGCCGAACAGGGCCUUCUAAUUGUAGCAGUUGAAAAUGCCGAUGGCAGCGAUGCCAAGCGAGCUCUAGUGAGUGUCGAGAAUGCCAAGGUGCUGGCCUCCGUGCAGGGUUCUUUAGACGUUAGACUUAAAAAGUUCAGUGACGAGAAGCAGCGGCUGCUGGCGGAGGUGCAGAAGCUUCACGAACAACUUGACGAGUAUAAAAGUGAUGGAAUUUCCGGACGCCGCAGUCUUUCGCAAGGUUCCUUCGGCGAUGAGAAUGAUUACGAGGCCCAACGGGAAACAAACAAAAUCAUUUCAGACCAUAAAUAUAAGCUGCAAAAGGCGGAACAGGAAAUCGCCAACCUACAGUCGAGCCUAGCGCGCUCCGAAACUCAAGUAAUCCGAUACAAAAGCACCGCAGAAGCUGCCGAAAAGGCGGAGGCUGAGCUGAAGCUGGAGCGCCGCAAGCUGCAACGCGAGCACCGGGAACUCUUGGAGAAGUUGGAGGAAGCUGAAACGUCCAACAACCAUUUGUUGAAACGCCUCGAUAAGUUGAAAAACGCAAAGAGUGCCAUUCUAAAGGACUUAUGAUCUAAGAUGGGAAAUGCAAUCUCGCCAACCAUUGAAGGAUCGCACCCGAUGACAUAGGAAACGCAAGUACACGACAUCAUCAACACACAAAUCAACAUGCUGCAAUUGAAAUAGCACUUCGGUAGCAAUUUAAUCGGUCUUAGUGGUAGCAAAUCGAUAAUUUUUGAAGGAUAAUCCAAAAUACUCUACCUUAAAAAUAUAUAUAUAUAUAUAUUUAAAUUAAAAUAUAAACUAACUGGAUAAUAAUUAACAUAAAUAAUGUCUAUAUGUGUAUAUUUAAAGCGCAAAAUAUAAGUAACAAUUCAAUUGGUUCAGCAUUAUGUGUAUAAAAUCAUUCUAUACAAAUAUGCGUUGACAAAAUUAUAGCAAGAAACCUAUCACUGAUCCCAAUUAAAAGGCUUCUGGUGAACCUGACCAAUAGUUCUUUUCAAAAUUACAAUAUUCUAUUGAGUCUAUAUUUAAAUCUUUGCUAGAAGUCCGUUUCAUCGGUCGCGAUCUCUAAACGGAACGCCCAAAUAAAUGCCACAUUUAAGAACAAUUAAAAU